AUGGCGUUGAUCCCGGCAAUGCAAAUCCAUCUGCUUGACUGCAAGUCCACCAACUCCCUCAUCUCUAGCCUCGGCUCCAAUAGGCUGCAGCUCUGCAUGAUUGUGCUAGAACAUCUGCGGCAAACGUAUUGGAGUGCCAACGUCAUGUAUCGCCUGUUCCAAGGAGCACAUGAUGUUCUUAAGCAGUCUGCACCUGUUACGCGCCGAUCCUCUGUCGGACCAACACGACCUGCUGGUGAGGGUGAGGAUGAUACUGGGAUGGACAUGACCCUUGAGCCUGAAGCAUCAACGGAGCUUGCGGACGAGAUGACUUCCUUUUGGUUUGAUCCCUCUGCAAGCGGGCUUGAUCAGUUGCUCAGUCCCGGGUUCUCUCUUUACGAUGACAGGUUUCAAGACUUUGUUGCCAUGUAUCCUCUAACAUAG